AUGGGUAAUUCAUCAUCUAAACCUCCAAAAUCUUCACCAACUUCCUCAUCUAACACUACUAGAUCAAAGCCAAUGAAGACAAGUUCGUCAUCAACAGCAGCUUCUUCAAAUUCUAAACGAAAUGGUAAUCGUUCAUCUACACAGUUGGAAUCAAGAUCUCGACCGCAAUUAGAAUCUUCAAAUUCAUUUUCUUCUAAUAACAUUCAAACUAUUAAUGGUGAUAACAGUAACUACAGUAACAAUACUAAUAAUAUCAAUACUUACAAUAGCAAUAAUUCCAAUAAUAAUGACUUACCCAAUUUGUCUAAAAUUGAUUCUAGGCAUACUACUAGAUCACAGAAAUCUCUAAGGUCCAGGGGUUCUCAUUCAUCUUUGACCAAAAUGAGUUCAAAUAAUUCUGUGGAACAAGAAACAAAUCAAUUUUAUAGAAGCGGUUCAACCGCUAAUAACAAUAGCAGUGGUAACCAAAUUGCAAGUACCAAUUCAAAUUCAAAUAAUAAUAGCAGAAGUUAUCUAAGUGUUCCAUCUGAAACUUACUCAAAAUCAACUCCCACAACCCCAAGUGGUAAGGAAUUUCGUGAUGAUGAUAGUAAUUAUAAUUCUUCAUUACAAACUAGGCCAGGUUCAUUACAUCAGAGGCAUCAUUCGAUGGGAAAUUUAAAUACAAUUGAUGACAAGUCUACAAAUUCUAUGAGAAGGUCAAGUUUUAAUACAAACUCAGAUUUACCACCUUCCAUGAUUAAAAUGGAACCAAAAUCUCCAAUUUUACAAAAUAACUCAAAUAUUUAUUCCUCCCCAUCAAAUGCAAAUUCAAUGACUUACUAUGAAAGUGCCCUAACAGAUGAUGAAGAUGAUAAGCAUGCAAAUAAUAUAAGUAAUAAUAAUAUCCCCGCAUCGAAUAAUAAUGAUAAUGAAAUUAUGACUUCAUCAAGACGCACUAAUAGCAGUAAUAAUGGCAGCUUAGAUAUAAGAAGAUCCUCAAAGCAAUCAAGUAGAACUAGCUCAUUCACCUCUAUUUCCAAGAUAAAUAGUAAAAGAAAAUCUUUUGAAAGCUCGAAUGAUAACUCGAAUUCUGCAUCUAAUAUAAAUUUUCCAAAUUCAAGUAGCACGCAUCAUCAGCCAAUGAUUAGAUCUAACUCUCAUGCAUCAUCUGUUCAUAGUAGGAGGUCUUCAAUGGGUUCAAAUGGUGGAACUGCUUAUAGCACCCCAUUAAAUUCGCCUGCUGUUAAGAAUAAUAGUAUAACUAAUUCUAGUGAUUAUUUUAGUUAUCAUUCUGAACCAUCUGAUGCGAAUAAUCUAGCAGGAACCAAUUUUAAUGUUAAUGAUAUGAAUGUUGAUAAUAAUAAUAAAAUAAACUCUAAUACUAUAAGCUCCAGUCAAAAUAAUGGGGAUUUAAUAAUAAAUAAUAAUUUUAGUUCACAAUUUAAUAAUGUCACUAAUUAUAAUAAUAAUAAUACUAAUAAUGAUCCUAAUAACAAUAACCUCAACCAAAUGAUAACAAUGGCAGAUGGAUCGAUACGAAAUUUAGACCCUACUUAUAAUAACGGUGGUUCAAGACAAACCUUGGAUGCCAAUAAUCAAGGUCAAAUUAAAAAGAAGAAGCCAAUAAAGCCAAUAGAUAUUGAUUUAACAAUUCAAAAAUUACUAGAUGCAGGUUAUGCUGCUAAAAAAACUAAGAACGUUUGUUUAAAAAAUUCCGAAAUUGCACAGAUUUGCCACUUAGUAAGAGAGAUAUUCUUAUCUCAGCCUUCAUUACUAGAAUUAUCUUCUCCGGUUAAAAUUGUUGGUGAUGUGCAUGGUCAAUAUGGUGAUCUUUUAAGAUUAUUCACAAAGUGUGGGUUCCCUCCAGCUGCAAAUUAUUUAUUCCUUGGUGAUUAUGUUGACAGAGGCAAGCAAUCUCUGGAAACUAUAUUAUUACUAUUUUGUUACAAGAUAAAAUAUCCUGAAAACUUCUUCUUACUAAGGGGGAAUCACGAAUGUGCCAAUGUUACUAGAGUUUAUGGAUUUUACGAUGAAUGCAAACGUAGGUGCAAUAUCAAAACUUGGAAAGUUUUUAUUGAUACUUUCAAUACACUUCCAUUGGCAGCUAUUGUUGCAGGCAAGAUCUUCUGUGUACAUGGUGGUUUAUCGCCUAUUUUAAAUUCGAUGGAUGAAAUUAGGCAUGUUUCACGGCCGACAGAUGUCCCAGAUUUUGGAUUGAUUAAUGAUUUAUUAUGGUCGGAUCCUACUGACUCUCCGAAUGAAUGGGAAGAUAAUGAAAGAGGUGUUAGUUAUUGUUAUAACAAAGUUGCUAUUAAUAAAUUUUUAAAUCGAUUCGGCUUUGAUUUGGUUUGUAGAGCACAUAUGGUUGUUGAGGAUGGUUAUGAGUUUUUUAAUGAUAGAAGUUUAGUAACUGUAUUUUCAGCACCGAAUUAUUGUGGUGAAUUUGAUAAUUGGGGUGCUGUAAUGAGUGUCAGUGAAGGCUUGCUAUGUUCUUUUGAAUUAUUGGAUCCAUUAGACAGUGCUGCUUUAAAGCAGGUUAUGAAGAAAGGUAGGCAGGAACGUAAGAUAGCAAAUAAGCAAAAUCAAUCUACAGCAUAA